AUGAAGAUGAAGAGGUGCCUUAGCGCAAGCAUCCUGCUGAUGCUUUCGCUCGAGGGAGCCCUCGUCGUCGCCGGCAACCCCUCCGCCUCCGCCGCCACCAUUCGCCUCCCCAGCGACACCCAGGCUGUAACAGCGGCGCCGGCGAGGCCGUGGAAGUGCUGCGACGCCGCGCCGUGCACCAAGUCGAUCCCGCCGAUCUGCCACUGCGCCGACGAGGUGGAGCAGUGCGACGCCGCGUGCAAGGACUGCGUGCCGUCCACGGCGCACCCGUCCCUCUUCGUCUGCAACGACCGGUACGUCGGCGACCCCGGGCCCAUCUGCCGGCCAUGGAAUUGCUGCGACCUCGCACCGUGCACCAGGUCCAUCCCGCCCAUCUGCCGCUGCCUCGACGAGGUGGACCAGUGCGCCGCCACCUGCAAGGACUGCGCAGCCUCCACGUCGGAUCCGUCCCGCCACGUCUGCCAAGACGUGUUCCGUGGGUGGCCUGGGCCCAUGUGCACCAUUGAGGCCCUCCUUGUCGCCGGCCACCCCUCCGCCGUCGCCGUCGACGACGUCGUGGCCGCCAUUCGCCUCCCCAGCGACACCCAAGCAGCAGCGGCGCCGGCGAGGCCGUGGAAGUGCUGCGACGCCGCAGUGUGCACCAGGUCGAUCCCGCCGAUCUGCCACUGCCAGGAUGAUGUGCGGCAGUGUGACGCCGCCUGCAAGGACUGCGUGCCGUCCACGGCGUACCCGUCCCUCUCCGUCUGCAACGAUCGGUACACCGGCGACCCCGGGCCCAUAUGCAGGCCGUGGGACUGCUGCGACUUCGCGCUGUGCACCAGGUCUAUCCCGCCGUUCUGCCGUUGCACCGACGAGGUGGACCAGUGCGCCGCCACCUGCACGGACUGCGCAGCCUCCACGUCGAGCCCUUCCCGCCGCGUCUGCCAAGAUGUCUUCCUCGGGUUCCCUGGGCCCAGGUGCACCCUCGAGGGUAACAACAACGCCGGUAAUUAGUACUCACGCGCGGCCUCACCGGCCGGCGCGCGUUGAUUGCCCGAUCACCGCCGACGACGGUGGUGCGCGUUGCUCUUGCUGAUGC